AUGGCUCCACAAAUUCAAAAACCAGCUCCAGAAUUCAAAAAGACUGCUGUCAUUGACGGUGUUUUCGAAGAAGUUUCUUUGGAACAAUACAAAGGUAAAUGGGUUAUCUUGGCUUUCUUCCCAUUGGCCUGGACUUUUGUUUGUCCAACUGAAAUCAUUGCCUACUCAGAUGCUUUCAAGAAGUUUGCUGAAAAGGAUGCUGAAGUUUUGUUUGCCUCAACUGAUUCCGAAUACACUUUGUUGUCAUGGACCAAUGCUGACAGAAAAGACGGUGGUUUGGGUAAAUUGAACAUUCCAUUGAUUGCUGACACCAACCACUCCUUGUCAAGAGACUAUGGUGUUUUGCUUGAAGAUGACGGUGUUGCUUUGAGAGGUAUCUUUUUGAUUGACCCAAGAGGUAUUUUGAGACAAAUCACCGUCAAUGACUUGCCAGUUGGUAGAUCAGUUGACGAAUCAUUGAGAUUGUUGGAAGCUUUCCAAUUUACUGAAAAAUACGGUGAAGUCUGCCCAGCUAACUGGCAACCAGGUGCUGACACUAUCAAAGCUACUCCAACCGAUUCAAAGGAAUACUUUGCCAAGGCUAACAAGUAA